AUGCGCCGAAUUGUGACCUCUCACAAUGAAAAAGGAGAGGCGAUCAUCAGCCGCGACACUCAAAUCAUCUCCCAAAUCCUACCACACGGGGUUGGGUCGGCGCAAAUAUGGUCCAGCGACAGCAGUCCCGCGGACGUGGCCUCGUCGGACGACAAAGGUGAUGUCGAGGCCGGGUUUGUCAGUGGAGGUUCGAUUUUCCGAGUCGUCGACGUUCCGCCACGGAGCACUGGGGCUCUCCACCGUUCCAUCUCUUUGGACUAUAUCAUUGUCCAACGGGGAACCGUGGUGCUGAACUUGGACGACGGGUCGAGGACAAAAGUAGACCCAGGUGGAAUCGUCGUCCAACAGGCUACUAUGCAUGGCUGGGACAAUCAAGGCGACGAAUGGGCUCGGUUACUUUGCAUCAUGCUACCGGCCAAGGCUCCUGUCGUGGGCGGGAAAGAGCUACGGACGGACUUGGGUGCUUUGUUUGCAUUGGGCAAUUGA